CGUUGGAUUUGGUAGAGAGGCACCCACAAACAGCUCAUAUACAUGGUGAACAUGGGGAGACAGUAUUGCACCACUUGGCACGAUUACAUGUACCGAGACUUACUGUCGAUUUGAGCUUGAGUAAGACUUUGCGGGAAAUCAACGAUCUACUUAUAUAAUGAAGUGAAAAGAAAGGUGAUAAAUUCAGUGUUGGGGAAGAAGAAUGAGCCGAUGAGCUUUAGGGAUCGGCUAAAUGACAGGGAGCAACAGAGAAGGAAUAAGAUGUGCUGGACUGAUCGGACUAAGAAGGCCAAAUGGAAAGUCAAUUUUAGAGGUGAAGAGAUUCUCGAUUCAGCUUUUGAACUAGUUGAAUGCCUUUGGAAAGAAGUUAUGCGUUUGGAUGACUCCCAGAUUUUGAAAAUUAUUAGAAAACCUUGGUCACUAAUAUUCGAGGCUGCAAAACAAGGAAACCUUCGGUUUCUAAACAUAAUUUUCCACGAAUAUCCUGAUCUGAUGUUUGAAGUUGACAAAAAUAAUUACACCAUAUUUCAUUAUGCUGUUAUGUAUCGUCACUAUAACAUUUUCAAAAUUAUUUACACCAUAGGUCCGUUGAAAAAUUUGGUAGUUAAGAAAACAGAUAAGAAAGGGAACAACAUCUUGCAUUUGGCUGCAAAGUUGCCAGAGCAAGAUACACCCGGUGCUGAAUCAACUGCAACACUUUUUAAAAUGUCUAUCGAGAUGCGGUGGUUCGAGAGAGUGAAGAGAAUUUUGCAUCCAGUGGAUGCUGAAGCUAAAAAUAAAAAAGGGGAAACUGCUAAAGCAAUAUUCACUAAACAACACAGAAAGUUAAGAAAGGAAGCUGAGAAAUGGACCAAGGACAUUGCAAAUGCAAACAUCAUGGGGGCAAUACUUAUUGCCACCGUGGUUUUCGCUGCAGCUUUCACAAUACCAGGUGGCUCUAAUGGAGAAACAGGGACUCCACAUUUUGUUCGAAGAGCUUCCUUCAUAGUAUUUGCAAUAUCAGAUACUAUAGCAUUACUAUUGUCUUGUUUCUCCAUACUAAUGCUCAUAACCGUUAUCUCUUCCCGAUGUGAAGAAAUAGAUUUCCUUUGGCGGGUGCCUUUUGAUUUGGCUUGGGCAUUAACCUUACUUCUUUUCUCAGUAGAAGCAAUGGUGGUAGCAUUUUGUGCAACUAUGUUUAUUGUCUUCAAAGAUGGGAUAUUUUGGAUUCCUAUUCUUGUGACGGUAAUGGCUUCUUUCACUAUCUACAAGUUCUUCGACAAAAUUUGGACUCGCUUUGGAGAUGUAAUGCAUAUUACUCAUAUACCUGGUGAGAGUUUUUUAAAAGAAGAGAAACAACUCACAAUAUCACAAAAAAUCAUAGCAGCAUUUUUUAAAAUAUGA